AAUUCCGAGAUGCAAUUUCUGUGAUUCCGUCGGCUUUUUUGCUGCUUGUGCUUUGUUCUUUUCGAUAGGUCCUUAUCGAUAGGAGUAGUGAGGGAUCGCACGACGAGAGAUCCCUCGUGGACGUUGGUUUAGCCGCAACCGGGGUGUGGGCGUCGUGAGAAACGACAAUAAAGGCGGAUACGGGUUUCGUGCUAACGUGAACGUUAGUACUACGGGUGACGCCGGCCGCCUUGGAGUCUCGGAGCUCUCGAGAUCUCCUAAGGCCCCACAGGCAUAAUACGCGUGACCAAGGUUGAAAGUUCGUUCGCUAUAGUUUCUAGUGCAGUACAAAAACGGUUCGUGGUUUAUCGGUACUUUCUUAGUUUGUGUUGUGUUCAAGUUGAAAGUUUAAACCGACAACCGAAAAAGUUCCGCGCAAGAGAACCCGACAAAAAAAAAAAGAAACAGUAUGUUCCGUACAUGUGACAAGCAAAGUUCAGUUUAAGUAAUAAAGUAUAAAAAAGUUUUCGAUAAAAGAAAAGAAAAGAAAGUAAUAGUUGUCGAAAGUUGUGACAUAAAAAGUAUGUUCGACACGGUAUGGAUCGCGCGCGUUGUGCCAUCAAGACCGAAUACUUCACAGGCUCUGAUUGACACAGGCUGAGAUAGUUUCAACAUGUCGGACUCUGGUUCAGAAAGUACAUCCUCGGAGGGUUUUGACGGGGAUAGGAAUCGACUUGCUAUCACGGUCGAGGUAUCGUCGCGUUACUCCCAUCACUCCUCGGGUUCCGAGCGACGGAAGUCCGCGGCGAGUUCCUUGUCCUCCGCCGGAAAAUUUCCCAGAUCACCGCUGUCGGGCGGGGACUCGCCGAGAUCGACUCCGAUGUCGCCCAAGUCGCAACGAUCCGGAAUAAUGUCUCCCAGUGAAGAGGGCUCGCCGAGGUCGAUCCGUAGUUUAUCGAAAUCCCCGUCGUUGUCGUCCCCUCUCUCGCCGACGUCUCCAGCCACGCCGCCGAGUCAUUCGGGGAACAAUUCUCUCGAUUCGCCGCGAUCGGAUCGCAGCAUGUCACGAUCGCCUGUACAGGACAACGGAUCGUGCCUCUCGCCCGCGAACGACUCGAAAUCGAUGCACUUCGCCGACGCCGAGUCGAAAGCGUCCGAUUUGGAAGCGGACGCGCAGAGAUCUGCCGAUAAUUCGUUAAAAUCGUACUCGUACAAAAACAGCGGAUCCAGACAAAGUUCGCCCAAGUCGCCCAGAUCGGGCCCGAGUUCCGUCAAGUCUCUCAUAUCGGCGAGGAGUUCGCCGAAGUCGUUCAAAUCCGGUCCGGCGUCUCCCAUGGACGAUCAAGAAUCGGCGGCGCACUCGCCGGUGCAUUCAGGCCCGCGCUCUCCCGAGGAAGAGAAGAACGGUUCCUUUCACGAAUUGGACAGCGAGCAAAUUUCAGACGGCGAUAUCGAGGAUGAUGCUGAGCCGGUGUGCAAAUCGAAACCCACUCCUGUCACCCACAGCGAGGAUCUGUCAGAUGUUUCGGAUCUCGAAAGCAUCGACGGUCCCGAGGGCUCCACCGAACGAAAUGCGGAGAUGGAAAAGGAGCAGGGCGACAAGCAAGAAAUCACGAACGACGGUGAAAAUACGGAGAAGGAAGGCAAAAUUGCGCCAGUCGGCUUGACGGAGGAAAGUGAACAAUUGGACUUUGAAGCGGAUGGUCAAUGGAAGGAUGAACGCGAUGAAGGUGAAACUGAAACGUCACUCGCGAAAGAAAGUAAGGAGAAUGCGGAGAAAGAUAGUAAGGAUAAAGACAAGGACAAAGCAAAAUCAAAAGAUUCCGGAGAGAUGAAUGACAAGGAAGAAGGGGAAGAGGGGGAGAAAGAGGAAUCAGAAUUGGAAGAAGGAGAACUUAGUGACGGCGACGACGCGCGGCCGGAAGAAACUGAGCCGAGACCUGUGUGUCGCUUUUAUAAUCGCGGACAGUGCACGUGGGGUGUUAGCUGUAGAUUUCUGCAUCCGGGAGUGACGGACAAAGGUAAUUACACUAUGUUUGAUAUGGUGAGGCCCAUGGCGUACCCGCCGCACGCCGCCGCGCCACACGAAUAUAGAUCUCACAUCGAAAGACCGAACAUGGUUCGAUCGUUGUCCGGUUAUGCCGCACCGACGCACGCACCGAAGGUGGAAGAAGCGCCGACCGAAUCUGCCUGGGAGCGCGGACUGCGACACGCUAAAGAAAUGAUGCGUAAAGCUAAUAAGCGCAAAGAAUCGGAUAUGGAUUUCGAGGAAAAGAAGAUGAAUCUGAGCCUGGGACAGGACGAAUUGGACAGAGAAGCGGGAUACUACGUCAGAGCGGCUAGUCCCGAACCACCGGUUGAAAGAUGGCCGCAGCGUGAAGCACCACGCAGAGUACCGUCCUCGAGAAUCACGCCCGAGAGAUAUAUCGAGGAGCCGGAAGGAUAUUAUCCGCCUCCCGCGUCAUCCGACUAUUACAGCAGGAGGGUGCACUAUAAAGAGUCUCGUGAGUAUCGAGAACGUAUCGAUUAUCAUGCGAUCCCGCGUGGCACGCAUUCAGUUUCUCCGCCGCCACCGCCACCGCCGCCGCCGCCGCACAAUCGUGACCGAGAGAGGGAACGCGACCGUGAACGCGAGAGGGAGCGGGAUUACUACGAAAAAUAUGAGAAGAAGCACAAACGGCCGUCACGGGAGGUUAUUGUCGAACGCAUUCCACCGACGAAGCCUUGGCGGGAGGAGGAACCACCUCCUGCCGAAAGAGGCAGGGGCGACGAAUGGGCGGAUCCGUGGAUGCGACGCAAAUCCCCGAGCGCUGUACGUCGCAAAACAUCGUCUCGCCGAUCACGCCGGCAGUCCUAUUCUUCGGGUUCUUCUUACUCUUCAACGAGUUCUAGCCGUAGCUCCAGUCGUUCUAGCUACAGUUCUUACGACUCCCUAUCCAGGUCCCGUUCGCCUUCUCCUCCCUCUAGAACCCGUUCCGCUGGCAAAAGCAAGACCGCAGUUAUUAGUUCACCACCCGCGAAUCCCCCGACCGUUGCGGCGACCGCGCCUCAACGCGGCGCUAUGUUAAUGAAUCCUCCCGCUCCGUCUCCUCGUCCGCCAAAAGGCUCCAUCUCUCCUACGGGCACGCUGCACCGACGAGCCGGACUGAACCCACCUGCGCCGAGCCCGUCUCAGCGUCAUCACGACAAAGCCAGGGAACAGAAGACCGCCAUGGCUGCGGCUGCCGUCGCCAAGAUUAUUAAAAGUCGCUCGAGAUCUAGAUCGUCUCAUAGCAGCUCUGGAUCGGAAAGCAGUGGGAGUAGCAGCGACUCCAGCGAAUCGAGCUAUUCGUCAUCCUCCAGCGAGCUGCGCAGAAGGAAGGGCUCGACGCCGCCGAUCACGCGCAAGGACUCCAAAAGCAUCGACGCUCUGAAGUUGAGCGGCGCGAAGCAGCAGAUCAAACUCACAUUGAAGCCUACGAGUAACACUACGGCGGUGAAGAAAAUCGACCGUAGCGCACUUAUGGCCGGCAAAAAGCGGAGUAUCGAAUCGCCGCCGAUGAUUGAUAGCAAGGCGCAAGUGGCCGCAGCGGCGGCCAAGGCCGCGAAAAAGGCGAGCUCGCGCCGCGAAGAGUUACUGAAACAAUUGAAGGCCGUGGAAGACGCGAUUGCGCGUAAACGGUCGAAGGUUUGAAGAUCGAGACGAGGCGCGCGUUCCGUUACACGCGGAUGAAUAUGUAAUAAGCGUUUUUUUUUUUUUUUUUAGGUAUAUUAUGUAAUUAGUUGCCAUCACCGUCGCAGAGUAAGUUUAUGACAAAAGUAUAAGACGCCUACUAUAGAGAUCGCGAUGGCAUAUAGAUAAAACGAAUACAUGUCCCAUUUUUACAAUGCAGAAUUGAAUCGUAACAUUUUAUUUGUUCACUGGACUUCUCUUUCUUUUUUUCCUUCAGUUAAGCGUAUAAACAUAAUGAAUAGUAUUGUACAUGGUCGCACAGCGAUUUUAUUUUAGUAAUACUUGAGUGAUUAUUUUUAUGUAAAAUGUAAAAUAAAAGGAAUACAUCGUAAACACGUAGAAGUGUAAGAAUAUUUUAAUGUAUAUGUACAUUGAACUAAUUAUCAGUUAAUUAAAUUCUAUUGAAUUUGACACAUAUGUGUGUGUUGUGAAAUGUCUCAAUGAAUUUGACAUUAUUGAGUAAAACAUGUUGGUAAAGUGAUAUCGAUCGACUACAAAUUGUAUCUGUACAAAUGUCUAUUCUAUUCUAUGAGAGAUUGACCUCGAAUUUUUAUCCACCACGUUCAGAAACUGAGCUCACUGAGUGUUAAUAAAUAAUAACCGGUGAUGUAAGUAUAUUCGUCAAUGCCGAUUUGACUUGCAAAAAUUGUCCCCUUUGUUAACACGUAUGUUUGCUAUUGAAUGCUACGUUGUGUGCGAUUUUCAUUUUCUCUGCACUUUAUUAUUAGAAUGCAAAGACCGAGAGCAUUCUUUCUGUGAAAUAGAAUAUACUUCACUUUAAUUUUAAUGUAAAAGUAUGAUAUUAAGCCAUCAGCAAAUGGAUUGUCAAAGAUCUCCAGGUUGCCAAAUACAACAAUUAUUCUGAUAA